UUAGCGUUGUUUUGUUUAUCCAUUAUCCAUUGUAUUGUUUAUUAUUGUUUGUUUGCUAUUAUCAUUUGUACACUAUUUCAAUCCUUUUCAUUUAUAGGUGCGUUAGAUUUUUCAUUAGUGUACUAUUCAUUUAUAAGUUUUUUUCAUUAGUGUACUAGUCAUUUAUAAGUUGUAAGCUAGCUCAUCAAAUUCUGGUUAUGACUGACGACGCGAAAAGCACGUUUUCUGAUGGUGAGACUGAYCRCAUAGCCGAUGCCGUGAUGACUCUGAGAAAUUCUGGCCUCUUUACUGUGGAGCCUCUUAACAAUCCAUUGAAUACUCGCUCUAACGUGUCUGAAGUUCGCAACGCUAGCAGAGGGAAUGAAAGCUCUUUGGCAUCAAACCCGUUCAGUCUUCGCAGCGAUGCAAAUGAUGAACACAACGGUAGCCAGAGGUACGAGAGGUCUACGGGAUCCAACCCGUUUAGCGUCCACUUUAACGUAAAUGAUGAACGCAGGCCUAAUCAGAGGCACGGACACUCUAUCAGAUCCAACCCGUUUAUCGUUUACCCUCAAGAUGAAAGUAACCAGCAAUAUGAAAUGACGCCUACACCGAGAACCUACACCUCUGUGUCAUCUAACCCAUUCAAUAGUGAUUAUGGGUGCAGGCUAGAGGACAUUCUUGACAGAGCCGUUCACCGGGGAGCAGUUUCCAAACAGCAGGUCGGCGAAAUGCUAAGGAACAAGCUUUGGUCUGGCCUAAGAGAUGAGCGGAUGCGUAAUGCCACACGAUACAAGUACGAGACAGUUAGGGACUUUGACCAGCUUCUGGCUGAGUUACGAUCGGUGGAACAAGAAAUGAAGGAGGUAGAGGAGCUACAAACUAAGAAAUCAAAGUCGCAAAAGGCGGUCCUAAUGCAGUGUUCAGACAAGACUGUGGACGAACUAUCCAGGAAAGUCCAGGAGCUGGAGGUACAGAUGAAGGAACAGAAGGACAAUGGUGCCCUACUUAAGAAGAUUUUGGAGAAGAUCGAAAUACUGGAGACGAAUCAAGCCAAGAAGGAGUCACCCAUGGUGUCGUCAAUCUCCAGUCGACCUCUGCCGAGGGACAGGCGGUAG